AUGAUUUUAAAAAGAAAUAAAACAUUAAAUGAUUUUCCUUAUCACUUAUGUUGGUUUGGUUUGAAGCCAAAUUUAAAAUUUUUGAUCGAUACUAAUUUUAAGUUUAGUUGCUUAGAGGAAUUUUAUUUAUUUAGAUUUUCAAAUAUUACUAGUUUUAAUUUAUUAAAUUUAAAUCAUUCAAAUAAUAAUUUUGUAAAUGUAUGGUUUGAUAAUUUAGACAAUUUAAUUAAAUGUUUUAAAAUUAAAUAUUCAUCAAAUAAAUCAAAAAUAUAUUUGUAUGAAAAAUAUUUUAAUAAGAAAUAUCCUGUUAAUGAUAUAUUUAACUAUAAAAAACCUGAACAAUUUUAUUAA